AUGUUAUUUUCAGAAGUGUUUCCAGGUUACCCCAGACUAACAGUGGACACCCUGCAAAGCAGAGUUCCACCUGCAAAACAGCAACCAAAGACACAUAUCUGUGGAAAACAUUACUCUGAAAAUAAAAAUAAAAAAUCCAGGGAUCCAAUCAGAUACAGAGAAUGUAGAUACAGAAUAAUAUACAGGAGAAGGACUGAAAGAUUGGUUGUUUUUGGUGGUCGAAGAAAUGUCUUUGUAUCUUCAUAUUUUUGUAUUUGGGUUUUCUGUUAA